UGCUGCAGGACCACUUGCUGGAAGCCCACCUGUGUGACCAGCUGCAGCAGCACACCCUGCUGCCAGCCCUCCUGCUGUGUGUCCAGCUGCUGCCAGCCUUGCUGCCGCCCAACAUGCUGUCAAAACACCUGCUGCAGGACCACUUGCUGCCAGCCCCUCUGUGUGACAUGCUGCAGCCAGCCCACCUGUGUCACCAGCUGCUGCCAGCCUUCCUGCUGCGGGUCCAGCUGCUGUGGCCAAACCAGCUGUGGGUCCAGCUGUGGCCAGACCAGUUCCUGUGCACCUGUGUACUGCACGAGAACCUGCUACCACCCCACGUGUGUCUGCCUGCCUGGUUGCCUGAACCAGAGCUGUGGAUCCAGCUGCUGCCAGCCUUGCUGCUGCCCAGCCUGCUGUGAGACCACCUGCUGCAGGAACACCUGCUGCCAGCCCACCUGUGUGUCCAGCUGCUGCCAGCCUUGCUGCUGCUGAUCAGCCCUGCCAAGGACCAUCAUCCUUACACAACAACUUUCUGACUCUUUUUUCUGAGACAGAGUCUCACUCUGUCACCCAGGCUGGAUAAG